AGCAGGAACAUCGCCAUGCAGAUCCCCCGUCCGGGCUGAGCCGGGCUUUGGCAGGACCCAGCGGCAGCCGGCAGCAGAAGGCCAGACUGCUUCAUGCUUUGUCCGGUCCGGAGCGGUCAGAAAAUGGAGAGGAGCCUGCUUAUCGUCAGCGUGAUACUGCUCUUUCUGGAAGGUGUCCUCAUGGCUCAGGGCCGCUACGCCCAGAAGCUCCUGAAUGACCUGAUGGAGAACUACUCCAGCGCCCUACGGCCGGUAGAGGACACGGACGAGGCCCUGAAUGUCACCCUGCAGGUCACCCUCUCGCAGAUCAAGGAUAUGGAUGAGCGGAACCAGGUGCUGAUUACGUACCUGUGGAUCCGGCAGACCUGGCACGACGCCUACCUGAAGUGGAACAAGGAGGAUUAUGAUGGCCUGGAGGUCAUCCGCAUCCCCAGCAGUCUGGUCUGGAGGCCGGACAUCGUCCUUUACAACAAGGCUGACGAUGAUUUCUCCGGGCCGCUGGACACCAACGUGGUCCUUCGCUACAACGGCGAGAUCACCUGGGACUCCCCGGCCAUCACCAAGAGCUCCUGCGUGGUGGACGUGUCCUACUUCCCCUUCGACAGCCAGCACUGCAACCUCACGUUCGGCUCCUGGACCUACAACGGUAACCAGGUCGACAUCGCCAUGGGCAUGGACAGCGGCGACCUGUCCGACUUCGUGGAGAACGUGGAGUGGGAGUGCCAGGGCAUGCCGGCCGUCAAGAACGUCAUCAUGUACGGCUGCUGCUCCGAUCCCUACCCCGACAUCACCUACACCGUGCUCCUCAAGAGGCGCUCCUCCUUCUACAUCUUCAACCUGCUCCUCCCCUGCCUCAUGAUCUCCUUCUUGGCCCCGCUUGGCUUCUACCUGCCCGCCGACUCUGGGGAAAAGGUGUCCCUGGGGGUCACCGUGCUGCUGGCGCUCACUGUCUUCCAGCUCAUGGUGGCAGAGAGCAUGCCCCCCUCAGAGAGCGUCCCCCUCAUUGGGAAGUACUACAUAGCUACAAUGACUAUGAUCACAGCGUCCACAGCGCUAACUAUAUUCAUUAUGAACAUCCACUUCUGUGGAGCGGAGGCCAAGCCGGUCCCUCACUGGGCCAAAGUCUUCAUCAUAGACUACAUGUCGAAGAUCUUCUUUGUGUACGAAGUCGGCGAGAACUGCACCUCUCCGCAGACCAAGGAGGAGGACCAGCUCGGCCACGGUAAGCCACAGAAUCACCGUGGCAACCAGCAUAAUCCUAACCGCCAGCAGCAACGCGGCAACGCGGAAUGCAAAGGUCACCCAGCCCCUCAGGGCUGCAGGAGGUAUGAGGACUUCGAGUCCAGCACUAACAUCAACGGCUGCCUGAAGGAGGAGCUGUGCAACCCGGAGAGGUUCGACGUCUAUCCGUGCACGUGCGCCGGUCACGCCAGGAUCAUGAGGAAUGUUGAGUACAUUGCCAACUGUUUCCGCGAGCAGAAAGCCACCUGUGCCAAGGGGGCCGAGUGGAAGAAGGUGGCCAAAGUUAUGGACCGGUUCUUCAUGUGGAUCUUCUUCAUCAUGGUCUUCCUCAUGAGCAUUCUGGUCAUAGGCAAAGCCCCAUAACACAUUAUCAUCGGCCUCAUUUUAUUUAUGUAUGACUUUAAGGUGUCACAAAUAGAAUGUAUAGAAACCUUACUCCCGUACACAUCUGACUGUGCGUCUGCAGAGUAUUUACAUUGUAUAUAUUUAGAAGAUGCUGUACAUUGUAUAUAUUUAGUAGACGCGUUUGUCCAUUGUGAUGACUGACUGACAAACCAGGGCCAGACAGUCCCUGGAACAAUUGAGGUUACGGGUCAAUGGUGACAUCACACUUCAGAGCCUGGGAUUUGAACUGGUGACCUUCUAAUCACAGGUACAGCGUCCUAACCCACUGAGCCACAAGCCUGACCCCACAUAUGAAUAUAAUAGUAUGAUAUAAAAAAAUCUGAUAGCUUAGCAGCAUUUUAAAUAAUUUGAAAGGAGCAUCAUGUAAUUGCUGUCUUCAAUCGCAGCGGGGUGGACAAGCUGGUCUUUCUUUGUCUCCUGGAUGCUGCUGUUUCCCUGUAGAGUAAAACCCGGUAAAACAAACAUGGCGGUCCCCACCGGCCAUGUUUCCUGUUGGAAACAAGAUGCCCAGCGUGGACAGCAAUGGCCGCACUCCGAGGUUCAAAGCUCAGAAUAUUUUCUAUUCAAAAGUGCCCAGUAAAUUGUUAAUGAUCAGCUCUGUCUUUCAGAGGGGUUCGAGAUGUAAGACUAUCUGCGUGUGCAGCAAACGCGCAUCAAUAAUGCAUUUUUCUGCGUCGGCUCGUGGAGCUUAUAAAAGGCCAUAAGGCAUGCGGCAGAACUGCUAAUCUGUCGCUUUAUCGUAGCACAGCUCCGCAAACCGCAUUCAUUGCGUAAAACAAUGACACAGGCUGCGUCCUGGUUUAUAAUGAAGACGCUGACACCGUCACCCCAUUAACGAGAACCUGAUUGGGUCACUCCCUCAGUCACAUGACGCAUACAUUCCAGCUCCUCAUUUCAGUAACAUUAGCGUGUCCAGGUAGGAUUCCCGGCCUGUUUACCUUGGUCCUCUAGAGUUUAAUAUUCUCUUACAAUUUUUACAGGAGUUAUUGGUUAUUGUUUCCCCUCUUAUGUAUUUACUGUGUCUUUCUGACACCAACAUUUACUAUCGUGUAUCCUUUACCACUGCCAUGCCAGCGUUUAAUGCUAUCGCUAGAUGGUGGAAUGAGCUAGUGGUGAAUUUUAACGUACAGAUCCAAUAUCCUUGAGGAUCGAUUUGGGAACCCAAGUGGUGUGCUUCUAGCCAUCCAGCAAAAUAUCACACAAGUUUUUCGGGGAAAUGAAGAGAUUUGUGUUCCUUUUUAUAGUAUAGCUGUUUAUCAGUAUAUUUUCUGAUGUUGCAUAAUGUUAAUUUUCUGAGGAAAUAUACACCUCUUGCCCAGAAAAACGGCCUCAAACAUGAUUUUAGUUGGUCGAUUAAGUACCCUCUGUGUGCGUGUGUGUGGGUGUGUGUGGGUGUUCAACUGAACUGAAUUCUUUCUGUGGCGCUGCUUCCUUGUGUUGCUGAAUGCCACACAGUCUGCAUCUGUAUCAUCCUUAAAUACCACAACAGCAUGACUGGAUCGCCGCCAGGAGACGGCCCGCUGUGCCAUUGUGAGGUCACGUGGCGAGCGUUUCCAUCGCGCGCC